GGACGAACUUUCAGCCCCGCGCUGCUCGAGUGCGCCGAAGCCGGGAAACGCUGACAUGGCCAUGACUUUGGGUUACUGGGACAUCCGAGGGCUGGCACACGCCAUCCGCCUGCUCCUGGAGUACACAGACUCCAGCUAUGAGGAGAAGAAGUACACGAUGGGGGACGCUCCCGACUUUGACAGAAGCCAGUGGCUGAGUGAAAAAUUCAAGCUGGGCCUGGACUUCCCUAAUCUGCCCUACUUAAUUGAUGGGGCUCACAGGCUCACCCAGAGCAACGCCAUCCUUCGAUACAUUGCUCGCAAGCACAACCUCUGUGGGGAGACGGAAGAAGAGAGGAUUCGCGUGGAUAUUUUGGAGAAUGAGGCUAUGGACACGUCAAAUCAGUUGGCCAUGGUCUGCUACAGCCCUGACUAUGAGAAAGUGAAGCCUGAGUUUUUGAAGGUGCUUCCUGAAAAGAUGAAGCUCUUCUCGCAGUUCCUGGGGAAGAGGUCUUGGUUUGCAGGGGACAAGCUCACCUAUGUGGAUUUCCUGGCUUAUGACAUCCUAGACCUGCACCGCAUAUUUGAGCCCAAGUGCCUGGAUGCGUUCCCGAACCUGAAAGACUUCAUCACCCGCAUAGAGGGCCUGAAGAAGAUCUCUGCCUACAUGAAGUCCAGCCGCUUCCUCCCAACCCCUAUUUACACGAAGAUUGCUGUGUGGGGCAACAAGUAGGGCCUGUAAGUCCAGUAGAUGGCAGCAAAGAAUACAUGGGGCCCUGGAGAAAGCUGGCCCUCCCUGGACUCAUGGAACCAGGUGUCUUACUCUUUUCUCCUAUUCUUUCCUUCACCCACACUCAGAUCCUAUUUGGUGCCCUUUUCUUUCCCAAUCCCAGUUCACCCAGGAUCUUAAAGCUCUCCAGCAUUCCUUUGCUCAGUGAAGUCUCCCCCUGACACUGUCCUUCCUGCACUAAAGCCAACAAGACCUACCUUCCCCACACUGAUUGCUCUGCUCUCAGGAGCCCGACUGGCAUGUGAAAAUGUGCUGAACAUCAUUAGAUAUUGAAGAACUUAUGAAUUCAGUUGGAUUCUAUUACAUACCCACAUAGGAAAAGAAAUAAAAGGAUGGACAACUGUUAAUUUAUGGAGUCACUGGAACUGUCAUUCAUUGCUGGUGGCACAACCACUUUGGAAUACCAGCAUAUCCAUGGAAUUAAAUGUACAUCAACCCUAUGCCCCUGGAAUUUCACUUCCUGUUAUAGUCCAACAGGGAUGAGUGCUAUGUCUUCCAGGGACAUGUACUAUAAUUUUCAAGGUUGCUUUAUUUGAAAUAGCCAAUAACUGGAACCAAUCCAAAUGUCUAUUAAUGGAGAAUGGACAGAUAAUCUUUGUUUAUUACUAUGAUUCCAUUAUUCAUAUGAUGGAAUACUACAGUGAAUAUACUGUAAUGAAAAUAAAUUCCCUACUGCUACAUGCAACAACAUGGAUGACUUUCACAGAUACAGUGUUGAUGAAAAGCAUGCAGAUACCAAUGUUGCAUUCAAAAUGAUCGGAGACUCGAAGAAAGCAUCAGCAGGCAAGAUGUAUUCAAGAUGAACGGAGGGCUACACUGGCAUGUAGCAUUGAUCUCAAGCUCACCAUGGCUUUUAUCACAAUGUUUAACAAUUACAUUUGCAGAGUAUGUGAGUAACUACAUUAGCACAAACAAUGCAUAACAAACAGAUUAUCUUUAGGUUAAUAUCUAACCUUUAUAUGUGCACAAAUAAUACUAGUCAAGC